GUGUUUGGGAGAGAACAGAGCGACCCACUGAACUUGUCCAUCUUGAGGAGCAGGAAGAGCAGGGUCUCUCAAAUGAUCAUGACUACUGCUCAGUCCCUGAACCGUCUGCAUUGGACAUGUCUGCAUCAGCUGCAGAAGACCUGUGUAAAGAGGUAGAGGAUCUGAGGAAGGAAAUACAGGAGCUGCGUGUCCAGCGUGAGUUUGGAUUACAGCGGUUUGCUGGCUCCGACACCGACAUCAGAUUCUAUACCAGAUUUCCAAGCUAUGACCAUUUGAUGGCAUUUUGGUUUUUGAUUGAGCCUUGCAUUUAUAAAAUGGUCAGGGUCUCAAGAGCCAAAUCAGCUGCCAAGAGGAAUGAAGAAGUGGUGACACCUGCACGUUCAUCAACAAGGCAGCUGCUCCAGCCAAUCGAUGAGUUCUUUCUUUUUCUCGUCUUCCUGUCGGUUGGUUUGAAGGAGAGGGACCUGGCACAUCGACUCAACAUACACCAGUCCACAGUGAGCCGUAUUAUUGCAACAUGGACAAGUUUUCUUGCCACUGCACUGGGGUCUCAAUGCAUCUGGCUUACGCGUGCAGAAGUGCAGGCUUACCUCCCUGAGGAAUUUAAAGAUUUCCCAGACACCCAGGUCAUCCUAGACUGUACAGAGCUGAGAUGCCAAACACCAUCCUCACCACUACUCCAAAGUGAAAUGUACUCCUCAUACAAAUCCCACUGCACUAUGAAAGCCCUGGUUGGCAUAGCUCCACAUGGUGCAGUGACAUUCAUCUCUGAUCUGUAUGGUGGUUCGAUUAGUGAUAAGGAGCUAUUCAAGCAAUCAGGCAUCGCUGAGAAGUUGACCGAAGACAUGGCAGUGAUGGUUGAUAAGGGCUUUCUAAUCAGUGACUGCUGUAAGUGCAAAGUGUACUGUCCACCUUUCCUGUCUAAGCAGAAGCAGAUGCCAGCAUACCAGGUUAAGGAGACACAGGCCAUAGCCAGACUGAGAGUACAUGUGGAGCGAGUCAUUAGGAGGAUAAAACAGAACAAACUUUUUGAUGGCAUCAUCACCUUAUCACAUGUCUACAACAUCAACCAGCUGUUUGCAGUGGCAUGUAUGCUUUCAAAUUACCAGAAUACAGCUUUAGUUAAAAAAUGGGUUAAGUGAGCCACAAGACACCAGAAUGCAAUGCAAGUAGCUUAUUGUCACCAUCCUAAAAUUAAUUUUAUU